AUGGCUACGCGACCGAGUUUGUUUACCAGAGGGCUUUCCUCCCUCUCACAGAGCACCGAUGCGAACUCGCCGAAUGUCAGCUCGCCCGCCGAGCAGCGAGACGAUGCUAAGCGCAACUUGUUCAAGACCAUGCGCCCUCUGCCCACCCAGCAUUACUGGAACGUCUAUUUUGAUAGACAAGCUAAAGAUCAAAAGAAGGAAGACGAUGCCAACUACCAGGCAUCGCUAGAACAGCUAGGAACCCAGAUCGAGUCGGUCCAAGACUUUUGGCGAUACAACAACAAUACCCCAGUAGACCAGAUAAAGAUGCGCGAGUCUAUCUACUUGUUCAAGAGCGGUUUCAAACCUAUUUGGGAGGAUCGCCGUAACGUGCUGGGUGGUAGUUGGACCUUUCGCGUGCCUAAAAGUUCCGGCCCCGACUUUUGGACCCGCAUCCAGCUGAUGGCCAUCGGCGAAAAGCUACAAGAGGUUUUGGAGGAAGGCGACCAGAUCUGUGGUGUUGGCCUCUCCGUGCGUUUCAACUCGCACCUGGUUUCCAUCUGGCACCGCGACGCGUCUAAGCAAAAGUCCAUUGAUAAUCUACUACAAGCUGUCUUAGACGACUUACCUCCUGAGCUAACGCCGAAGUCCGAUAACUACUUCUACAAGAAGCACUCGGACCACCCCGGUUUCAACCCGCCUCCCGAGCUUAAGGCAGUCAUAGACUCGCAAAAGAAGACCCUGGAGGCGGCCGCAGCUAAGAGCGCUGCUACCGAGGCCCCUCCAUCGGAGUAA